UGGUGUUGGUGAAAGGAAAAGAAGAAAUCCCCCACGAAAUGACAGAAAGGAGAUCAGUAAAUUUAUUAGAGAGCCUCUUGAAACAAGAUAUCCUGCUCCACUUUUAAACAAUAACACUACUGAUAAUAUUCAUCCAAAAUUUUAUGAUCCGAAUAAUGUUUUUGUAGUAAGAGAUGAAGCAUCUGCUCAAUUUUUUAUUAAUUUGAAUAAUCAUGAUCUUUGGCAUGUUUUAGAUCCAAAUAUUCAAAAAUAUUUUAAACAAAAAUUACAAAUUUUCAAGCCAAAGAAAUCUAUUACUUCAGAUGUGACUGAGUCUUUAAGGAAAUUUAAUGUAUCAUCAACAGAUGCAUUGAAAGGUGCUUUGUUAGGUUUACAGAUAGAUUAUAACAAUGAUGAUAUGUUAUAUAUCAAAAGAGUGUUUGAGAAAUUUUAUAUGUUGUUUCGUGACCAUGGUGUACUCAAUUUGGAAGGUCAGGAAGUGUUAGAAGGAUGGUAUAAUAACAAUAUUAUUGCUCCAUUUUUUGAUGAAUGUUUUUCUUCACUUGGUGACUGUAUUAUUAGACAAGGAGAAGUGGAAAGUAAGGCACAAAAAUAUCUUAAUUUUCGAAAGCAAUCUAAAAGAUCAAAGUAUGAUGGAAUACUAUCAUUUAGCAACAAAUUCGAGUUUAUUUAUGUUGAAACAGCACCAAAACCAGCAACAUCAUCCAAAAAAGUCAAUGACCUGUCAAAGAUUUAUGAAGCAAUCCUCUUAAUGUAUCAAUUAUUAUUCAUGAGUAUUCCUGAAAGUAUUGUUAAAGACACAGUUGAUCUAGUAUUCUUAGGUAUCCAAUUUACAGGUACAACUGCUGAAGUAUAUGCAGCAAAUUUGCAGCCUAAUAUGCGACCCACAAUAUUUUCAAUCAUGACUUUUGAUUUUCCAGAACAAGUCACUUCUCUUCCUACUCUAACAACAGCAUCAUUUGUUAAGGAACAACAAAAAAAAUAUCAACAAAUCCUAAUUAAAGCUGCAAAUUAUUAUUUAGAAGAUGAUAAUGAAUGGA